GAGAUGUGGAGGAGAAAGUCAAUAAAGCGAACGCGUCGCUUUGGGGGGAGAGGUGUGGGCCUUGCGCGUUGGCACGUGACGUGACUACAUCAUCAGCGCCCGAGCGCGUAAGCUAAGUACCUAUGUCCUGUACAAGUAGAAUCUCUACUUAGCACAUCAUACUAUGCCCCGGUCUGACAUUAUCUUGGUGCGUCGUGCAGUAAUACUACAGCUUACCACUUUAUUGCUCAGGACUUCUCACCUCCCGCUAUCAUCUGUGAUUCUCCAUCUAACCCUUUCUACGACCCACAUUUGCCAGAUCCCUUCACUUCUUGUUGCCGAAGUACGGUUGACGCGCGAUUGUGUGAAGAUGAUUAACACUGCGAACGUUGCAAGACCGCGGUUCCUUACGAUAAAAAUUCCCAUCGGAUGGCCUCCUUCUUGGAGCUGGUAUUUCUCUGCUUCCCAACUCGAAUCAAUGGCUCAUGAGAUCAGUGAACCUAUCGAAGAGGAGUUGCUUCCCGGCGAGGGGGCGAAUUUAUCGUCAGUACCCGCUCAAGCGGCCGGUCACAGACUCACACGGCAGGGCCUGCAAGACUAUGAACGAGUUCUGGGGAGGCCCCUUCUUUGGCGACGAUGGCAAGUUUUGUCAACAAGGUCGAGCAUUCAGACCAAACAGACAGAAAAACUCACAAAUGCCUGAGUCUUAGAUAAGACCCUACGCCCAGACCUUCAUACCAAAGGAAUGAAGUUGGCAGAUUGGGUGACGGAACUCGAUGGCCAUGAGAAAGAGGCAUUUUUCGACUUUGCUUCUGGCAUGCUUCAAUGGUUGCUCGAAAAGAGGAAGACUGCCAAGGAGCUCUUGCAACACCUAUUCUUCGAUUCAUUCAACAAAAGCCGCGAAAGAGAUCUUUAAGACGACAGGUGGCCUGUCACGUACUCGGCGAUGAUGCGAU